AUGGUCGUCCUCAAAUCCCAAUCGCAUCCCAAUCUGUUGCACUAUGGACUUAAGACUGUACAUGUACAUGUACAUGUACAUGUACAUGUCCCAUCAGAACCAGUGUCAGCUGAGAGCGACUGUGAGUCCGAGUCUUCUCUUUUGGAUGUCCAUCCAAUCUCUUCCAGCAAGGUUGCUACUUCUACUUCUACUUCUACAUCUACUAUUGGAAGUCUCUUGUGGAAGCUGAUUCUGGCUCAGAAACUUCCUCUGGAUCUUUCUAAUGACAAUGACAAUAAUAAUAUUUGGACCAAGCUGAAGCAAGAGUAUCCAGAGCUGUCCAGUGUGAGUGAGUCUGACUUGCAGAGUUACCAUGCAGCUCUUUCUUCCAUCAUCAUUCUAGAUGAACAAAUGGAUCCUAGAGCAUCUCCACUGCUCAAACAGUACAAUGGACAUUUGCUUCCCAUUUCAAGAACCAUCUCUCAAGAACUGAAACAGCAAAGUCCUGACCAAUUCACGGCUUUUGUCGCCGAUUUUAAUGACAACCUCGCGUACUCCAUGAAAUCUACCAGAGGUAUCCCUACUUGUACCACUACUAGUACCACUACUGACAAUGAAGAAUGGACACAACAAGUCCAGCAACUGGAAUCGGACAUUCAAAAAGCGCUCAACACAAACGACAUUGAACUUCAAGCUUCCUUUCUCAAAACAGAACAUCACACCAUCCCUCAACCGGCUCAUGUCGAUUAUCCAUGGAACACUCUCAACGAACGAGCACACAAUCUAUGGCUCGCCUUCUUCCCAUUGACGUCACAAGGCAUGAUUCUACAACUAUGGCCAUCCCAUGCUACCACCAAUACAACUACAACCACGCAAACCAAGGGACAACUCGUAUUUGUGCCAUGGGACACCAUGCUCAUGGUUCCCUCGGAUACCAUUCAUGGAGGAGGAUUCCGAACAUGUACCCAAUCCGGCAAUGUCCGCUAUCAUUUGUACAUUGCUACACAUGGAACGUCACUUCCACAAUUCGCUCAAAACGUAUACACACUCCCUCACGACAAGCGACGGGAACUAUGUGACGGUUGUUGUGUCAAUGCGCAAGGAAUUGAUGUCGAACAUGCCACGGAUGGAAACACCUUGUUGAUGGAACUCUUGUUCCGCUAA